AUGGAAGAGUUCAGGAUCGUGUUGUCGAGGUCGGAGCCGGUCUUCUUUCCAGGUGAGGUGGUCGAAGGAUACGUUUUGGUUAGACUCCGAGAACCAAUUAAGGCCAGGCAAGUAGUCAUCUCAAUGUCUGGAAAAGCCAAAACAACAUGGACGAUGUGGGAGCAAUACAGUGCGUAGGUAGAAGGUCUACAUUCACUACAACAGUUACAGCAAUCGAAGUACAAAAAGCGAAGCAGUCCCUUAUUGGGCCGAGAUGAUCUAUGUGGAUUUGACGAAUACAGUUUGGACGCCUCCUCCGACUUCCAACAGUUUGCCCGCGGGCGAAAAGAAGUUUCCAUUCAGCUUCUUGCUACCAUCAAAUUCUCCGCCAACGUUUGAAGGUAACCAUAUUUACACUUUAGAUGUUCAUAUAUCAUAUUUACUUGUUUUCAGGAACGGUUGGCUUUAUUCGCUACUCAUUGAAAGUAAAGAUUGACCGUCCAUGGCUCUUCGACCACAAAACAUACAUUGGGUUUACUGUAACUCCGCACUUUGACCUCACUUCCUUGACUUAUGCCUCACUUCCCAUUUACAAAACGGUUUGCAAACAACUGGGGACACUUUGGUUCAAACAUGGGACCAUUGAGGCGAAGGCAAGAAAUUUUGUUUUUCUAAAUAAAAGUUUUGCUUGGUCACACCAACUUCGUGAAGGGAUUGUUUCGUUGACCAAAGUUCAUUCGCUGAACUGAAAGGUCAUUUUUGUUGUCUCUUCCCGAGAAUGUUCACGUCAAACUGACAAAUUAGAGAACCUCUUAUCCAAUCCGGAAUACCAAAUUUAUUUCAGAUCCGUCUGAAUAAAAGUGGAUUUGUUCCCGGUGAGAGUAUUGUCCUGCAAGUGGAGAUCAAAAACAAUGCGAAUAAAGACAUCACUCGGAUCGAGUCAUCUUUAGUCCAACAUAGUUAUUACACUGCUCAUCGGCAUGCUACUCGAUUACAUUAUGGCCAUGCUCAGAAUAAGGACAUUGAACAUAAAACUGAGACUAGAGUAGUUGUCCAAUAUGUUGAGGAGUACAAGAUACCAAAGAAAGGAGAAAGUUCUUACAAGAGAAUGCUGGCCGUUCCUCCAGUGGUACCUUCUUUUAACGUUUGCGAGAUUAUACAAGUCAGUUAUUACUUCAAAGUAAGUGCCGUUGGACCUGUUGGAUAGAUGUUUAGGUGAAGAUUGUGGCCAAAGGAAAGCUAUCUAACACCGUAAGUGGUGAAGUCCCGGUUUUAAUUGGGACAAUACCAUCAAGGUCGACUUUGAGUACAAAUGAGAUCCCACAGAGGAAUUACCUGGCCCCUCCGCAACCCUCUCUUCCUUCAGAAACAGGUAUAACUCCGUCCUCUAAUAAUCAGAGCUCUAUUUACUUAGAUCCACCUCUUAAUUAUGCCGAUUGUUUGUUCGGAAAAGGAAGAGUACCAGACGACCCCGAUGAGAACGUAAUCGACUACACUCCCAAGUAUAUAUAUUACAGUAAUAUAUCGUAAUAAACUCGGCUUGCAUAAGCUAAUUUUUUUGGUAAUCUACAAGUGGCCAUCUGGUGCAUGGAAAUCGAGUUGAGUGAAAUUUCUCAGCGUUGAUUACACCGAACGCCCUGAGGAAUCCAAAAGUUGAAUCCGUUACUCGAAAAAAUCUUGUGGUAGUACUGUUACAGUUAUAACUGUAACUAUAUUAGUACUAAUACUGUAAAUUUUAAUAAUAAACCAAUAUUUGAUUUGGCCAAGAUUCGAUCAUUAGAGAUUCAAAAAUGGCGGCAUGCAGCCUCCGAUAAUUUUUUUGACAUUUUGUCGUGACGCGUUUCAACUAUUGACUGAAAAUAAAAAAUAUUUUUCCAUUAUUUUGUACCUUAGUUUGUAGUAUUAGAAGAAUGUCGAAGAGGCCUGUAACUGCAAAGACUCCGGCCCAGCCAACGGGACAAUCCCGGAGGAUGGAUCCGAUCGAAGAAGAACUACAAGAUGCUGGAUCUUCGGCGUCAACUCCUCCAGCACAGAUGGUUGCCUCCGAGCUAUCUCAAACAAUCCCCAGGACAUCCUCUUCGACUGCCAUACAUCGAAUAGACCACAAACGGCCAUCUUCCUUGAAGGAUAGGUCGAAUUUUGUCAAUCAUAAACCACUGCCAUUUCCGACGGGUAACAAUCAUUCGAAUCCGCUAACGUCAGUACAAACGACCGCAAUUAAUCAUUCCACCUCUAUUAGUGAACUCUUUAUGAAUGUACCUUUUUCUGAUUCUACAAAUCCGGAAGUUCUUAGCCCUGCUAGUUAUGAGUACAAGAAGUGGGUCGAAUACUUUUAUUUUAUAUUAUCUGUUGUUUAGGAAUAAGAAGAUUGUGAAUACUUUCGACUCCACAGUUCAAUUCUUCAACAGCCCCGAAUUGGACUUUUUCAUUGUCUCCAAGGACGACUUUCAGAUUUAUAAAAUGGAGUAUGAACUUGAUUACGAACCAGUUGUGGAAUUAUUCAGAGAACAAAAGUUUAGAAGUUGUCAAACUGAUCCAAUCGAGGUAAGCCUUCUUUUCUUAUCUUUUAUUCUGUUAGUACACCUGCCAAUGUGUUGCCCUGGACAAUACCGUGUUUAAUAAUAUUGCAUUUGGGUUCAACAAUGGGGACAUUUUUGUGACCUCGGCUUUUUCUGAAGGAGAACCUGGAAGAGAGUAAGUGUAACAAAAUAGUUGUAUUUUCUUCAGUUGGUACAAUGAGUAUCACAUCCGGAUGAAUCACAAAUGCGAAGCUCUUGUCCAUUUAGCAUGGGAUAAGUCCAAGAAUGGAAAAGGAUAUCUUUGUGCUGCUUAUGAAAGGUAAGAAUUAUUACCUAAUUGUUGAUGAAUUCAGGGGCCGUGGAAAUGAACAUUUGAUCAAUCUAUUUGACAUUAAUCAAGGCCAACAGAGGGAUCUUUUUUGCGAACGGCAGCUUUCGGAGACUAUUCAUGACAUUACUUUCUUGGAGUAAGUAUACCUAGAGUAAUAUAAUUUGUUCUAGUCUUGAGUUGACAACAUUGAUGGUCAGUUGUUCGAAGAACUUCCGUUUUAUCGAUAUUAGGGAGAGGACGGGGUUUAUGAAUAUUACCAGUGUGAACGUGCCUUUGCUGAAGGUCGCGUUUGAACCUUAUAAUAACGUGCAAUUCGCUGGUGUAAAUGGAAACGAUGUCACUAUUUAUGAUCGGAGAUUCCUGAGUAAAGCUCUUUAUGAAUUCGAAGUUGGGGUAAGCUAUACGGAUGAUAAUUUAAUCGUUGGUUUGUAGCCCAAAGACUUGAAGAUUACAAAUAUUAGCUACAACCCCAAUCGCUACUGUAAUAUAUCUUGUUCGUCCACUUCUUCCGGCAUUGUAUAUGAUCUCGAUGUCUCUCCAGCAGUUGCUUAUUCAGAUCAUAUGGCCGAAGGAAAAACUGUGGAUGCCAUGAAGCAGGCCGUAACCAGAUACGCCCAAAAGUUUUCAUAUGGAGUCAAUGAAAUUGUAUGGUUUCGAAAUUAUUUCUUAAUGAUUUUAGAAUACAUCACUUAAACAAGUGCAAGACUUCACCUGGUCUCACAAUGAGGAGAAUCUUCUGUUGGUGAUCCCACCAAAAUUGGAAAUAGUUGAAGAUCAGGAGAUUCCAGAUCAAUUACUCUUCAAGACAGUUGUUGUAGAUCAUAACAGAAACAAUGCUUGUUUCCCUCCAGAUGGAUCUAUUGUUUUCUGCUCAGCGAACUCUGUUGAGAGAAUAAAACCUAAGCCGAGGGUUCAUACUCAACGAAAGAAGGCGGUUGGGUUUUGUGAUUCAAAUGAUCCUGAAAGUCCGACGGAAUGUGAGAAGAUAGAAGCAGAAUGCAUAGGUAGACUCCAUUCGGAGGAUGGCCGGGUCCGUGUCAGAGAUAUUCAACAUCAUCUCCCCUUCCGGGGUACUCAUUCAGGCGCCUCGAAUACGGUAAUCGAGAAAGACCUUCAGCUUUGGUUCGCGCGAGGUGAUAUCAAUAGGACCUCUUAUUCUCGCGCUUUGAAGGGAUAUGGAUUUGGAAGGACGGCGGGAUCAGCCAGAGCUUUGAUUGAGAACAGUGAUCGGGCUAUACGAGAUGAUAAAGAUGAAAGUGAUUGUCUCAAGGAAUGCUGGAAGUUACUUAUUCGGAUCUACAUAAUCGAAGCUUCGCAUCGUGUACAACAGAAAUACGGAACGCUGUAUGUUUAUUAGUUUAACGUCUUAAUUUUUUCUUUUAGAUUCCCUGGGGUUCAUCGGCUGGCCAGAAAAAUGAAGUCAUCAACGAUGGUUAAAGAUGACCCCGUUACUUUCAGAAAUAGAUAUUAUUUGAGUAAAAACCGAGAUGACAUUCUCCGAACUUGCGGAUGGACGUCCUUGGAUGAUCAUAAUGGACUGGCCACUCGAUUGGAAAGACUAAUGAAUACAAAUAAUGUUGAGGACAAGUUCCGGGCUGCCACCAUGGCCAUGUUUGCCUUACAAGGACCGGCUUGUAAAACCGUAGGUGUAUUCUGUUUUAUUUUUAUGUAGUUUAGUACUUGAACAAGACCGUUGAAUAUCUUCGUAUGGUUGAAUUUACUGCAAAUCAUUCCCCAUUUAUGAUCCAGCGAUAUCAACACAUGGUUGACCUCGUGAUCAAGGCUUUGGAAACUUAUGACGGCAUCCGAAUUCAAAACUACGAUUCGUUAUUGAGGGAGAUUGACCAGCCAUAUCUCAUGGCCAUGGUCAGAUUUAUUGGACGAAGACAACACACCUAUUUAUUAAUGCAAAGAGAGAUCAUGGCGAUCAAUGGGAUGUCCGUAUCGGAUAGGAUUGCGUUUGCCGCCAUCCAUAUGGACGAUCAAGUCUUUAAGGAAUCCUUAUCUCGUCUUAACAGCAUGGUAUUAAAGAGUGACAAUCCCCUCUCGGUGUUGCUUAUCAGUGGAUUGGAUGAUCACAAGCAGUCUCAUAUUGCAAUCCAGACAUACCUCGAGCAAACUAAUGACAUCCAGACGGCCGCUUUAUUGCUUUGUGCCGGAAAUUGUUUUAGAAGAAGUAAAAUUUGGGAAAGCUAUGAUAUGAGGAAAAGUGUCAGGGAAAGGAUAACAAUUGCAAUGUAAGCAUGCCCACUGUUUUUUCUAUGCUUUUCAGAACGAAGAAUGCACUCAAGAAUACCCGUAAAUAUUCACUCCAAAUUGUUCUGCAAUAUAUGCAAUGGCUUCAAGCAUCUCAACUUAUUCUUCAGAAGUCUUUCAUUAUGACUUUUUUGAGGAAGAAAUUAGAAUUCCCCAAAACUGAUGUGGAAGUCAAAGCGAAGUUGGCUCAGGUGAGGGCUUCUUUAUUUUUAAGUUUUGUUUAGAGCAUUAUUGCAUGCAAUUUCUGUGGUAAGCCCAUCUUGCCUUAUAUCAGUGGGGAAGACUCAAUGUUUGUCCAAAAAACGAAUAAUCAAAGGAAAAUGGGUCCUCCGGGAUCAACUUCUGGCCAACGAAAUGCCCAUCCCCCACCUCCGAGGACGAAUGGAUGUCCCCAUCACGAUUGCUCCAAGCCUCUUCCAUGUUGCACCAUCUGUAAGAAGAGUUGUAACCAACAAGUGGACGUCCAUUCGAUUACUAUGCACAUGGAUGACUGGUUUAUUUGGUGUACUGUAAGUUAAAAACUAUUUUAAUUGGUAAUGAUUUUUAGAAAUGUUGCCAUGGUGGACACUUGAAGCAUCUAAGGGAAUGGUUUGACAAUUAUGAUCUCUGUCCGUCAGGGGGAUGCGAUUGUGAGUGCCCAAAGUUGGAUACGGUAUUCAAAGCAAGUGUGAGAUCAAAGAAGAAAGUGGCCAAGGAAGUGGAUAUUCUUGAGGGAACUAAAUUGAGGACUAUCACGGGAUAUCUCCAACCGAUCGAUGACGAGGAUGUAGAAGAAGAACAGUUACGAAUUCUGAAGAGAUUGGCAUCCAGGGAAGGAAAGGCGCCUUCUAGUCAAUCAACCAUUAAAAGAAACAGACGGAAGAGUAGCACAAAGCCUCUUCAAAGACUUGAUCCAGAGUCUCAGCCUCCUCUUUAUCAUCCCAUGAUCCCAGAAGUUGUUUUAUCUGGGUUUAUUGCUCAAGAAGUACAACGAACAGCAUCAAAUGUGGGCUUAUCCUCUGAUGAAACCGACGACGAGUGCGAUACUUUGAAGGCGGACAGUCCUCGGGAUGAAGUUUAUGAACCUUCUUCGUCUUUAGAUUUGGCUAGACCCAAAAGAAGAGUGCCGGAUAAAAGGUCGAUCAGUGAAUGCAUUACGGAUGAGAGCUGUGGGGACACGAAGCCGCGGAGUAACAGUUCCUUGGAGGAGAAGAACGCCGGGUAUAUAAAAUGGCCAUAUGUGACAAGAAACUUCUGGCCCAUCAAAUCUGCUGUCUCCACGGAAUCCCAGAUCAGACCGAAUUUACCCGGAGGGCACAAUCUGAGUCAGGAAAAAUCGGUUAAUCAAAAACUUGUGCAAGCGAAGAAAGCCCCGGCUAAUGCCAAGUUCAGCGAGCAUAUCUUCAUUCUACCUCAGAAGCAACGCCAAUCGGGAUAUUCUACAAGUAUCCAACGAAACAGACUUCAUCAAGCAAUUGUCAGCCAAGCAAUUUAUGAACAAGUAGAAGUGGAACAACAUCAAGUGGUUGAACAAUCUCAGAGACUGCAGUGGACAGAUGCGACCCAUGAAGUUGGAGACAUUUCAAGCGCCUCCGAAGAUGAGGAUGAAUUUAAAGAAGUGGAUAAAUUGGUGAGAUACAAUCAGAGAGUUUAUAACGAAGCUCGCGAACAUGGAAAGAAUCAGAAGAAACGAACGCAGAAGGAUCUUCAGAAUAUUAGGAACAAGUUGGGAUCUCCAAAACAAGUCCAACGAAAAGUCAGCGAACCUUCGAGAUUGCCUUCAAAAUCAACACAGCAGGUAUCCAUACAAGAGGAUGAGAUCAAGGCCCAAAGUCAAUCUCCAAACAGGAAGAAUCCGCGGUUCAAUUGA